UUGGAUCUGAUUCGUUAUUUUAAAAAGAAAGAAAAAUAGGGGUUCAAAAAAAAAAAAAAAGAAGGGAAGGAAGGAAGAAAGGAAGGCGAGCAGGCGGCAAAGCUUUCUCAAUGUGUAACGCUGUAACAUAGGGACGGGACUUGUGUGUAUUCUCGGUAGUUUCCUCUGUUUGAUGACUUUUUGUGUGUCAGCCCCAGAUAUUACAGCUGUGAUUAGGAGGUGGAUGGAAAGAUGAAUGGAUGGACAGAUAGAUAGAUAGUUUUUAUUUCAGCGCGUGGAUUCCUUUCGCUUGGCGGUUAUAAGGGCAGGCUGGGCUGUUUAUGAUUUUUUGAACAGACCUUUAUGGCACCAGCCCAAGGUAGGAAAGGAUCUUUUGUUGCUGGGGUUGCCGCUUGCAGGCUUAGACGCCUCUGCAGGGGGAGAAGCUAUGCAGGACAGCGUGCUUGGAAGAACCGUACCCGGGGUUUUCAAUGACAAACCUCCAGUUUUGGGGUCUUCUUUUCACUUCUUCCUUUCAGAUACGUCAUGACGGAUCAAACAGUUACCGUUUGAUGCAGCUUGGAUGCCUGGAGUCUGUGGCCAACUCGACCGUCGCCUAUUCCUCCUCAUCUCCUCUCACUUACUCUACCACGGGCACCGAGUUCGCCUCCCCGUACUUCUCCACUAACCACCAGUACACCCCACUGCACCACCAGUCCUUCCACUACGAGUUCCAACACAGCCACCCGGCAGUCAACCCCGACGCUUACUCCUUGAACUCUCUCCAUCACUCCCAGCAAUACUACCAGCAGAUCCACCAUGGGGAACCCACUGAUUUUAUCAACCUGCACAAUGCGCGGGCGCUCAAGUCCUCUUGCUUGGACGAGCAGAGGAGAGAGCUGGGGUGCUUAGAUGCUUACCGCCGCCACGACCUGUCUCUUAUGAGCCAUGGAUCCCAAUAUGGGAUGCAUCCAGAUCAAAGACUCCUGCCAGGACCAAGCCUCGGGCUUGCAGCCUCGGGAGCAGACGAUUUGCAGAGCUCAGUGGAGGCCCAGUGUGGACUUGUACUGAACGGGCAAGGAGGUGUGAUAAGAAGAGGUGGCACCUGUGUUGUUAACCCCACCGACCUGUUCUGCUCUGUUCCUGGCCGCUUAUCCCUACUCAGCUCCACUUCCAAGUACAAAGUGACCAUUGCAGAGGUGAAGAGGCGCCUUUCACCACCAGAAUGCCUCAAUGCUUCCCUCUUAGGAGGUAUUUUGAGAAGAGCAAAAUCCAAGAAUGGAGGACGCUGCUUGCGAGAAAAAUUAGACAGACUGGGACUGAAUUUGCCUGCAGGAAGAAGAAAAGCAGCAAAUGUCACACUCUUGACUUCUUUGGUAGAAGGGGAAGCGUUACAUUUGGCCAGAGAUUUCGGCUACACCUGUGAAACAGAGUUCCCUGCCAAGGCAGUAGGAGAGCACAUUGCCAGACAGCACAUGGAACAGAAAGAGCAGACAGCGAGGAAAAAGAUGAUCCUAGCGACAAAACAAAUAUGUAAAGAAUUCCAAGACCUUCUAAGUCAAGACAGAUCACCCCUCGGAUCCUCCAGACCGACUCCAAUAUUAGACCUCGACAUCCAGAGACAUUUAACACAUUUCAGUUUGAUCACUCAUGGUUUUGGAACUCCUGCAAUAUGUGCUGCCCUAAGCACUUUCCAAACUGUUCUCAGUGAAAUGCUGAACUACUUGGAAAAGCACACAUCGCACAAAAACGGAGGAGCGGCGGAAUCCGGCCAAGGACACGCCAACGCGGAGAAAGCCCCCCUGCGGAAAACUUCAGAGGCUGCUGUGAAAGAGGGCAAAACAGAAAAGACAGACUAGCUACAUCAAACAGAAUCUAUUUCAAGAGUCUUGCUGCUGAUAUUUUUUUUAAAUAUAUAUAUCAUUGAGGGCAAUUUAUCUCCAGUGGACCAAAUCCAAAAAAAGGGGGAAAAAAAGAAAGAAAAAAAAAAGAAAAAAUCAGAAAAAGAAAAUAAAAAAGACAAAGAUUGAGAGAGAAAGAGGCAGCGUGAGAGAGGAAAGUAUUCAACCUUAAGAACAGCAGUGUACAGUAAUUGUGUGAUGAAAUUGUCACUUUUUUUAAAUUUAUGUUGCUCUAAACUACUUUUUCGUGCACGUAGUAUUUGAUUGUUCUGAAUGAUACACUAACACUGUUUUUUAUAAGCACUUCUGGACUUGGCUGAGGUGGCACAUGAAAUCUGAAGCACUUUCUUCUCCAGCAGCAGAGUUAGGGCCAGUCUGUCGGUUGCCGGACACGCAGUUCCAGCAUCCUGACUUUGCUUGCAUGCUGGAUAGAUUUAAAGAAGGGCUUCCUCGGAUCCAUCGGAAAUGCCUGAUCUACUCACCAUUGGGAAAACUAUAUGGAAAACUGGCAAAAGAGGAAUUCUUGGGUCGUGGGACAAAUGAACCAUUCAGUGUUGGGGGCUGCUCAUCCCCAUAUGGGAAUGUACAAUAAAGCUGCACUGGAAUGAGGCCAGAACCUGUUGGGAAUCUGUCCUGACCAUUCAAGCAGCAGCCAUGGUGUCUUGUGAAAGAGCAUGGCAAACUAAAAUGAAAAAAACCUUGAUAGUUUCAAUAAGAGCCCUGAUCCCUCUGUGAACUUCAGAUUAACUGACAGCACAGGCUUCUAUCCUCUAUCUUCUCAGCCCCUGGUCCCACAGCACUGCAGUCUGCUGUACCUGGGUCUCUGUUCAACAGGAUCAAUGCAGGCAAUUGGAGUCACCUUUUGUGUUGUGUUGAUUUUAUGAUGCUUUCUUUUCUUCAACAGCUUGUUUCUGCAGCUUUAUUGUCUUUAGAAAUCCAGCUGAGGUGCAGAGGUCUAACAGAAUCCA